AUGGAGAGCCAGAGGAAUAUCUCAGAGUUCAUUCUACUGGGGCUUUCCUAUGACCAGAAUAUACAAGCGGUUUGCUUUGUGCUCUUCCUACUGUGCUAUGUGGCCCUCUUGAUGGGAAACCUCCUGAUCCUGAUCUCCAUCACAUGCAGCCCUCUUUUUGACCAGCCAAUGUACUACUUCCUCAGCCACUUAUCUCUCAUGGAUAUCUGCUUCACCUCCUGUGUGACACCCAAAUUUAUUGGUGACUUGCUGGUGGGAAGAAAAACCAUCUCCUAUAGUAACUGCAUGUGGCAGGUGUUUGCCAUGCACUUCUUUGGAAUGAUUGAAGUCUUAAUCCUUACAGUCAUGGCCUUUGACCGUUACGUGGCCAUCUGCAAACCUCUCCACUACAUGAUUAUCAUGAACAGGACAAAAUGCCAACUCCUAGUUUCAGCUGCUUGGGCAGGUGGAGCAGCCCAUUCCUUUCCUCAACUGUCUAUCGCUAUCUUGCUACACUUCUGUGGUCCUAAUGAAAUUGAUCACUACUUUUGUGAUAUUUUUCCUUUGCUAAAAAUUGCCUGUGGUGAUACUCAUAUCACUGGCAUCCUUGUGCUUGCCAACUCUGGAAUUGUCACCUUAGUGACAUUUGUGGUUUUAUUUAUGUCUUAUGUUGUUAUAUUAUUCACUCUAAGAAACCACUCCUCUGAGGGAAGACGCAAGGCCCUCUCUACCUGUGGCUCUCAUAUCACUGUGAUACUUUUAUUUUUUGGACCUGCAAUAUUUUCUUAUCUUAGACCUCCUACCACUUUCCCUGAGGAUAAAGUAUUUGCACUUUUUUACACCAUCAUUGCUCCUAUGUUUAAUCCCUUAAUCUAUACUUUGAGAAAUGCAGAGAUGAAAAACGCCAUGAGAAGAGUUUGGUGUCAAAGAUAG